CUCAAAUACCAGUCUUUGAUGUGUCCAAAUGGGCUCAUCUGCCAGCUGGAUGGACCAUACCCGGGACGAAGGCAUGAUGCUGGCAUUCUUCGGGACAGCCAGUUGUAUGAAAAGCUGGAAGCAUUGACACUGGACAAGGAAUUCGUUAUAUACGGCGACCCAGCCUAUCCUCUCCGCCCACUGCUUAUGAAGCCCUACGGAGGAGCAGCAUUGACAGCCACCCAGCAAGAGUUCAAUUCAUCCAUGAGUGCGGUCAGACAGGCCGUUGAGUGGGGAUUCGGAAAGAUUAUCUCAGAAUUUGCAUUUGUGGACUUUAAAAAAAACCAAAAGAUACUACUACAGGCCGUACCACGCAUGUACAGAGUUGCUGUUAUCCUGACCAACUGCCAUGCUUGUAUGUAUGGUAACCAAGUCUCCACAUAUUUUGAUGUGCAGCCACCUUGCCUGCAAGAUUACUUGAGCCCUGCCAGUCAUUAAGUGCAGUGCAAUGUGACCUAUAUAAACCUCAAUUAACUAUUUUGUGUAACGGUACGAGACCACCACCACAAGAACGUUUCAAAAUCCAGGCCA